AUGAACAUAAUCGCAAUAGCGAUCUUAAGAAGAGAAUGUUCGAAAACAAAAUCUUAUGAGUUUUUACAAUCACUAGCUGCUUCUGAUCUGUUAAUUGGUAUCAUUUUAGGACCUUUAACUGCUUGGCAGUUAUUUGACCAAAACAUUAGAUUAAAUUGCUACGCUGAUAUGGCUAGAGGUUACCUAAUGGUACUGUUCGUUGGUUCAUCAAAUAUCAAGUUGGCUUUAAUAGCAUAUGACCGUUAUAUUUUAUUAACUAAAUUGAAGAAUUACAAACAGUACAUGACAACACGAAAAUAUGUCUUUCUAAUCACGUUCUCAUGGAUAUGUCCUGCGCUUGUACCAAUUUUAAAGUUUGGUGGUAAGUUUGUAUACCUUUGUUUGGCUAACGUUGUUUUCAUGUCUGCUACAGUUAUACUAAUACUUAGUUAUUUUUGUUUAAUACGGGUUGUUAAAAAACAGGAAAGUGUUAUGCAAAGCCACAAGAAAAACUCAAUAACUCUUCAGAAACUAAGAGGACCCACAACCAUCUUAAACGAAAAAAGUACAUUUAAACGUCAAAAGCUUGAAAAUGUAACAUUAACUUUGAUCCUUGCGCAUUUAAUAUGCACAGUACCUAUGUUUGUCUGGACUUUGGCGAAUCUUACAGAUGCUUUUUUUCACGGUUUGAACCAUUACGUCGAGCAUGUGAUGUAUUUAUGCGCCGUUACAAUGUACCAAAUGAGCUCAUGUUGCAAUCCGGUUAUAUAUUUCUUUAAAAAUUCAAGUUUUACGAAAUGCGUGAAAAAAAUGCUGCAUAGAAAAUCCAGCAAAGUCGACAGCCGUAUUCUUAAGAGAGAGGUACCAUUGAGGAAACAUCGCACGUUGCUGUCCAGUUACCACGGUGCUGGUAUUCUCAUGUACGAUUACAAUAGCGAAGACAAAGAUGAAAUCGUAACACCGAAAAAUAUACAAAUUGUUUAA